AUGACAUCGACUCAAGUUCCAGGUGGUUUAGCUCUUCUCCCCCCAAGCAGACUCAAGCAGCAACCUUUUGGCACAGCAUAUGUAUAUCCCCCUGAUUCUCAACAUGGUGUCAGUAUCUCAUUGCCCACUUGGAAUUCUACAAUCCAAUAUUUUGAACAACCUGAAGAAUGGAAAAACGAGCACAUAGAGUGGUGUUAUCCAAGAUUCUUUAUGAAUCGACCAAUUCGAGAACUUUCAAACACAGCGUUAAAGAAGCUCAACAUUGAAACAAACGAAAACGUUGCAUGCCUUCUGUUUCCUAACGCAAGUUUCGCUCGGGAUUGCGCACAGCACAUCGCAAAGGAGAAACCACAAGUCGUUGUUGACAUUGUACAGUUUCACAGCCCUAGAGAUUGCGAUGCCAAUGUAAUCCAGGUCCUAAAUAUCGCAAGCUUUUCAAUGGCUGUAUUCCCAUUAGAGGCCAAGCACCCGGCGAUGAUGUUCUGGGUGAACGUUGGAGGAGGAUUGACAACAAGACAUGCAGUCUUCGCAAAAGAUUACAUAGAUUACCUGGAAGCUACAUCCAGUAACCAAAAGACAAAGAUUCGGCCACUACGACCUAUGACUACAUUAUCGACUCCGACCUGGAUACACGAUAUUGUCCCAACAGCCAUGCACGUCAAAUCAACAAUCGCUCGUCUAUCUACUUCUGAGAAUUCUUCCCUCCCUGUGGUUACUGCAGACCAUGUAACUUUGUAUCCAACCGGAAUGAGCGCCAUCUAUCACACUUCCCAAGCCCUGUGUGCAGUGGCAACGACGUCUACGGUGGUUGCAUUUGGAUGGAUAUAUGACGAGACAAUCUAUAAUCUAAAGCACGGCCCCUGGGACAAAUUCAUCGGAUAUAAGCGAGGAACAGAACAGGAUCUAGAUGACUUUAUACGUCGUCUGAAAACCGGGGAGCGCAUUGGUGCAUUGUUCUGCGAAUUGCCUAGUAACGUAUUCUUGUCGUCUGUUCCCCUGCAACGUUUACGAAGUCUCGCAGACGAAUAUGAUUUCAUACUUGCCUGCGAUGAUACAGUAGCUGGCUUUGUCAACCUGGAUCUUAUGCCGUACGUGGACGUCAUGCUAACCAGCUUGACUAAAAUGUUCAGCGGUGCGUCUAAUGUCACAGGGGGGAGUGUCAUUGUUAACCCGGCGUCACGGCACUACAACACCGUCCAAAAGGCAUUGCAAGCUCCAUAUCAGUCGGACUUCGUCUUUCCCUUAGACACAAAGGUUUUGAAACACAACAGCAAACAUGUGCAGUGGCGUGCCCAAAGAUGUAACCAGAAUGCUCUCGCUGUUGCUGAAAUGCUCUACGACCAUCCACUCAUCAAGCGGCUGUACUAUCCAUACUUUAGCAAGUCGCUACCUGUUUACCGCAGCCUCAUGCGCAAAGGCGGCGGAUAUGGCAAUGUUAUGAGCAUAAUUUUCUAUGAUGAGGAGAUUGCCCGCCGGUUUUACGAUGUGCUUAAUGUGCCCAAGGGAUCUAGCUUUGGCACUAAUUUCACCAUUGCAGUGCCGUUUACGCUGCUCGUUCACUAUUACAAUAGGGACCGAGUUGCUACCUAUGGUCUGCCUGAACAUAUUAUACGGAUCAGUGUUGGGCUCGAGGACGUGGAAGAUAUCAAGUCGGCUAUCCAGACGGCGCUAACAGAAUGCUGUAAAGAAACGAGACAAAAGAGCAAUCUCUAG